AAAAACACGUGACCGACGCAGUAUUUACGAAAUCCGCCAUUUGCCGAACACAGCACGUUGAGGUGCUGUAAAUAAACGUUUGGCAAGAUGGCUUUCCCCUACAUGAUAGGGCCUGGUGGGCAGCCAUUUAUAAUACAACAAGUUCCGUUGAUGCCCCAACCAUUGAUACAGCAAGUCCCCAUACAACAGCAGCAGCAGCAACAACAGCCGCCAGUGCCACAACCUCAGAAGUUACCUGAUUAUAUGUCUGAAGAAAGAUUACAGGAUAAAGCAAGAAAAUGGCAACAAUUACAGUCAAAAAGAUAUAGCGAGAAGAGAAAGUUUGGAUUCAUUGAUGCACAGAAAGAAGAAACACCCGCAAGUCAUGUACGGAAAAUUGUGCGUGACCAUGGAGACAUGACAAACAGAAAGUUUAGACAUGACAAAAGAGUUUAUCUUGGAGCGUUGAAGUACAUGCCUCAUGCUGUUCUUAAACUACUGGAGAACAUGCCUAUGCCAUGGGAGCAGAUCCGUGAUGUUAAAGUCCUGUAUCACAUCACAGGAGCCAUUACAUUCAUCAAUGAAAUACCAUGGGUUGUAGAACCCAUAUAUGUAGCACAAUGGGGAACCAUGUGGAUCAUGAUGAGAAGAGAAAAGAGAGAUCGACGUCAUUUCAAAAGAAUGAGAUUCCCUCCCUUUGAUGAUGAAGAGCCUCCACUUGAUUAUGCUGACAACAUCCUAGAUGUUGAACCCCUUGAGCCCAUACAGAUGGAAGUUGACAUGGAAGAAGACAAAGCUGUUUAUGGAUGGCUGUAUGAUCAUAAACCACUGGCUGACACAAAAUAUGUUAAUGGUCAAACCUACAGAAAGUGGAACCUUUCCCUGCCGAUGAUGUCAGUCCUGUACAGAAUGGCUAAUCAGCUGAUUACAGAUUUAGUAGAUGAGAACUAUUUUUAUCUGUUUGAUUUGAAGUCCUUCUUCACAGCCAAAGCUCUGAACAUGGCAAUACCAGGAGGACCAAAGUUUGAACCACUGGUCAAAGACAAAGAAUUACAGGAUGAAGACUGGAACGAGUUUAAUGACAUCAAUAAGAUCAUUAUACGUCAGCCAAUCAGAACAGAGUAUAGGAUUGCCUUCCCGUACUUGUAUAACAGUAUGCCUUUUAAAGUGCAGUUAUCAUGGUAUCACACACCAAAUGUAGUUUACAUUAAGACAGAAGAUCCUGAUCUACCGGCCUUCUACUUUGAUCCUUUGAUUAAUCCAAUCUCACACAGACACACAAACAAGGGAGGAGAGAUAUUACCAGAAGAUGAUGAGGAAUUUGAGCUACCAGAAUUUGUUCAGCCAUUUAUGAAGGACACACCUCUUUACACGGAUAAUACAGCUAAUGGUAUAGCACUGCUGUGGGCCCCUCGUCCAUUCAACAUGAGAUCAGGACGCACUCGCAGAGCAAUAGAUAUUCCACUAGUCAAAACAUGGUAUAGAGAGCACUGUCCAGCCAACAUGCCGGUCAAGGUCAGAGUGUCCUAUCAGAAGCUUCUCAAGUAUUAUGUACUCAAUGCUCUCAAAAGUAGACCACCAAAGGCUCAGAAGAAAAGAUACCUGUUCAGAUCUUUUAAAGCAACAAAGUUUUUCCAGCUGACACAGUUAGAUUGGGUUGAGGUUGGAUUACAAGUCUGUCGUCAAGGUUACAACAUGUUGAAUCUGCUGAUCCACAGAAAGAAUUUGAAUUACCUUCAUUUGGAUUACAACUUCAAUCUGAAACCAGUCAAAACUCUCACUACAAAGGAAAGAAAAAAAUCCAGAUUUGGUAAUGCUUUCCAUUUGUGUCGUGAAAUCUUAAGGUUAUCCAAGUUAGUGAUUGACAGUCAUGUACAGUAUAGACUGGGAAAUGUGGAUGCUUUUCAGUUAUCUGAUGGUAUACAGUAUGUCUUUGCCCACGUAGGACAGUUAACAGGAAUGUACAGAUAUAAAUAUAAGUUGAUGAGACAGAUCAGGAUGUGUAAAGAUAUCAAACAUUUAAUCUACUACAGAUUUAACACAGGUGCUGUUGGUAAAGGACCAGGAUGUGGGUUCUGGGCUGCUGGUUGGAGGGUGUGGCUGUUCUUUAUGAGAGGGAUUACCCCUCUACUUGAGAGAUGGUUAGGCAACUUGUUAUCCAGACAGUUUGAGGGACGUCACUCUAAAGGUGUUGCCAAGACCGUGACAAAACAGAGAGUUGAGAGUCACUUUGAUCUGGAGUUAAGAGCAGCUGUAAUGCAUGACAUCCUAGACAUGAUGCCAGAAGGUAUUAAACAGAACAAGGCAAGAACUAUCUUACAACAUCUGAGUGAGGCUUGGAGAUGUUGGAAAGCUAAUAUUCCAUGGAAGGUUCCUGGUUUGCCUAUCCCUAUAGAGAACAUGAUAUUGAGAUAUGUCAAAGCAAAAGCUGACUGGUGGACAAACACAGCUCAUUAUAACAGAGAGAGAAUUAGAAGAGGAGCCACCGUUGAUAAGACUGUUUGUAAGAAGAAUCUGGGUCGGCUGACACGUCUAUAUCUGAAGGCUGAGCAGGAGAGACAACACAACUAUCUAAAGGAUGGACCCUACAUUACAGCCGAGGAAGCUGUGGCUAUCUACACUACCACUGUCCAUUGGCUGGAGUCCAGAAGAUUCUCACCCAUUCCAUUCCCUCCAUUGUCCUACAAACAUGACACUAAACUUCUCAUUCUGGCUUUAGAACGACUAAAAGAGGCUUACAGUGUUAAAAGUCGGCUGAAUCAGUCCCAGAGAGAAGAAUUAGGACUUAUAGAACAGGCCUAUGACAAUCCUCACGAAGCCCUGUCACGUAUCAAACGUCAUCUUCUCACACAGAGAGCAUUCAAGGAAGUGGGUAUAGAGUUCAUGGACUUGUAUAGUCAUUUGAUCCCUGUUUAUGACGUGGAACCACUGGAGAAAAUCACUGAUGCUUAUCUAGAUCAGUAUCUGUGGUACGAGGCUGACAAAAGACGUUUGUUUCCACCGUGGAUAAAACCAGCUGAUUCAGAACCUCCACCAUUACUAGUAUAUAAAUGGUGUCAAGGUAUUAACAAUCUACAAGAUGUGUGGGACACAGGUGAGGGGGAGUGUAACGUUAUGAUGGAAUCAUCGUUUGAAAAGAUGUACGAAAAGAUAGAUUUGACUUUACUCAACAGAUUGUUACGUUUAAUUGUGGAUCAUAACAUCGCUGAUUAUAUGACAGCUAAGAACAAUGUUGUCAUUAAUUAUAAGGAUAUGAACCACACCAACUCCUAUGGUAUCAUUCGAGGUCUACAGUUUGCUUCCUUCAUAGUCCAGUAUUAUGGACUGGUGUUAGAUCUGUUGGUCCUUGGUCUUCACAGGGCCAGUGAGAUGGCUGGUCCACCUCAGAUGCCUAAUGACUUUCUAACAUUUCAGGACGUUGGUACAGAAAGCAGCCAUCCAAUUAGAUUAUAUUCAAGAUAUGUAGAUAAGAUUCAUCUCUUCUUCAGAUUUUCAGCUGAUGACGCUAGAGACUUGAUACAAAGAUAUCUAACAGAACAUCCUGAUCCUAACAAUGAGAACAUUGUAGGAUAUAACAACAAGAAAUGUUGGCCAAGAGAUUCCAGAAUGAGGCUGAUGAAACAUGAUGUCAAUCUGGGUCGUGCUGUGUUUUGGGACAUUAAGAACAGGUUACCGAGAUCAGUGACAACCAUCCAAUGGGAUGGAAGCUUUGUGUCUGUGUACAGUAAAGACAAUCCUAAUUUAUUAUUUAACAUGAGUGGGUUUGAAUGUCGUAUCUUACCCAAAUGUCGUACAACAGCUGGUGAAAAUAAACAAAAAGACGGUAUCUGGAAUCUCCAGAAUGAGGUCACGAAAGAGAGAACAGCUCAGUGUUUCCUACGAGUGGAUGACGAGUCCAUGUCACGAUUCCAUAACCGAGUCCGACAGAUUCUCAUGGCUUCAGGGUCCACUACUUUUACCAAGAUUGUCAACAAAUGGAACACAGCAUUGAUUGGAUUAAUGACAUAUUUCCGUGAAGCUGUUGUCAAUACGCAAGAGUUAUUAGACUUGCUAGUCAAAUGUGAAAACAAAAUCCAAACACGUAUUAAAAUUGGACUAAAUUCUAAAAUGCCUAGCCGAUUUCCUCCAGUUGUGUUUUACACACCUAAAGAGUUGGGAGGAUUGGGAAUGUUGUCUAUGGGCCAUGUAUUGAUACCACAGUCAGAUUUACGAUGGUCCAAACAGACUGAUGUGGGGAUCACACAUUUCAGAUCAGGGAUGAGUCAUGACGAAGAUCAGCUGAUUCCUAACUUAUACAGAUACAUAAUGCCCUGGGAAAGUGAGUUUAUUGACUCACAGAGAGUAUGGGCUGAGUAUGCAUUGAAAAGACAGGAAGCUAAUGCACAGAACAGACGUCUGACUUUAGAAGAUUUAGAGGACAGUUGGGAUAGAGGUAUUCCUAGAAUCAACACACUGUUCCAGAAAGACAGACAUACACUGGCCUAUGAUAAAGGGUGGAGAGUCCGAACAGAAUUUAAAGCAUUCCAGGUAUUGAAACAGAAUCCAUUCUGGUGGACUCAUCAGCGACACGACGGAAAAUUGUGGAAUUUAAACAACUAUAGGACUGACAUGAUCCAAGCAUUAGGAGGUGUCGAGGGAAUCCUGGAACACACACUGUUUAAAGGCACGUACUUUCCUACGUGGGAAGGUCUGUUCUGGGAGAAAGCCAGUGGAUUUGAGGAGUCUAUGAAAUACAAAAAAUUGACAAAUGCACAGAGAUCUGGUCUGAAUCAAAUUCCAAACCGACGAUUUACUUUGUGGUGGUCACCAACAAUAAACAGAGCUAAUGUAUACGUAGGUUUCCAGGUGCAGCUGGACUUGACUGGUAUUUUUAUGCACGGUAAAAUUCCUACACUGAAGAUUUCACUAAUCCAAAUAUUCAGAGCUCAUUUAUGGCAGAAAAUUCAUGAAAGUGUUGUCAUGGACUUGUGUCAGGUAUUUGAUCAAGAACUGGAUGCUUUAGAGAUAGAAACAGUACAGAAAGAAACAAUUCAUCCCAGGAAAUCAUACAAAAUGAACAGUUCAUGUGCUGAUAUACUCCUGUUUGCUGCUUAUAAGUGGAACGUUUCAAAACCAUCACUGUUGGCAGAUUCUAAAGACGUAAUGGAUAACACAACUACCCAGAAAUACUGGAUUGAUAUACAACUCCGAUGGGGUGACUACGACUCUCACGACGUGGAGCGUUACGCACGUGCCAAGUUCCUGGACUAUACCACAGACAACAUGAGUAUUUAUCCUUCGCCUACAGGAGCUCUGGUUGCCAUUGACCUAGCCUACAAUCUACACAGUGCCUAUGGUAACUGGUUCCCAGGGGCCAAACCACUGAUCCAGCAGGCUAUGGCUAAGAUCAUGAAGGCUAAUCCAGCUCUGUAUGUACUGAGGGAGAGAAUACGUAAAGGUCUACAACUGUAUUCCUCCGAGCCGACUGAACCGUACCUGUCAUCACAGAAUUAUGGAGAACUGUUCUCCAACCAGAUCAUCUGGUUUGUGGAUGAUACUAAUGUAUACAGAGUUACAAUUCACAAGACAUUUGAAGGCAAUCUAACCACCAAGCCAAUUAAUGGAGCUAUUUUUAUAUUCAAUCCACGAACAGGACAGUUGUUCUUAAAGAUCAUUCAUACAUCUGUAUGGGCUGGACAGAAACGUCUUGGACAGUUGGCCAAAUGGAAGACUGCAGAAGAAGUAGCUGCCUUGAUUAGAUCCCUUCCUGUGGAGGAACAACCUAAACAGAUCAUUGUCACUAGGAAAGGCAUGUUGGAUCCAUUAGAAGUACAUUUGUUAGAUUUCCCUAAUAUUGUCAUCAAGGGUAGUGAACUCCAGCUACCUUUCCAGGCCUGUCUCAAGGUAGAAAAGUUUGGUGAUCUGAUUCUAGAAGCUAAAGAGCCACAGAUGGUACUAUUUAAUCUCUAUGAUGAUUGGUUGAAAACUAUUUCAUCUUAUACAGCUUUCUCCCGAUUAAUUCUGAUUCUGCGAGCCUUGCACGUCAACAAUGAUCGUACUAAGAUCGUAUUGAAGCCAGACAAGACGACCAUUACUGAACAACAUCACAUCUGGCCGACUCUGUCUGAUGAGGAAUGGAUGAAGAUUGAGAUGCAGCUUAAAGAUCUCAUUCUGGCUGAUUACGGAAAGAAAAACAAUGUGAAUGUAGUUUCUUUGACCCAAUCAGAAAUAAGGGACAUAAUCCUUGGUAUGGAGAUAUCAGCACCAUCAGCUCAGCGUGUACAAAUUGCUGAAAUUGAAAAACAGACGAAAGAACAAUCACAACUUACAGCAACAACAACACGAACAGUUAACAAACAUGGAGAUGAAAUUAUUACGUCCACAACCAGUAAUUAUGAGACCUCAACAUUCUCUUCUAAAACUGAAUGGCGUGUUAGAGCAAUCUCUGCCACCAACCUCCAUCUGAGAACUAAUCAUAUUUAUGUCUCUUCAGACGAUAUAAAAGAGACGGGAUAUACUUAUAUUUUACCAAAGAAUGUUCUGAAGAAGUUUAUUAUUAUCUCUGAUCUAAGAGCCCAGAUUGCUGGAUUUUUAUAUGGAGUUAGUCCCCCUGAUAAUCCACAAGUGAAGGAGAUUAGGUGUAUAGUGUUACCACCACAAUGGGGAACUCAUCAGACCGUUCAUCUACCAAACAUUCUCCCUGAACAUGAAUGUCUUAAAGAGAUGGAGCCAUUAGGAUGGAUUCAUACACAACCUAAUGAAUUACCACAGCUGUCUCCUCAGGACAUCACCACUCACGCUAAAGUCAUGGCUGAUAAUCCGUCAUGGGAUGGAGAAAAGACUGUCGUAAUAACAUGCAGCUUCACACCAGGAUCUUGUUCAUUGACAGCCUAUAAAUUGACCCCCACGGGAUACGAGUGGGGCAGACAGAACACGGACACUGGUAACAAUCCUAAGGGUUAUCUCCCCUCACAUUAUGAACGUGUACAGAUGUUAUUGUCAGAUCGUUUCCUCGGAUUCUUCAUGACUCCGGCUCAGUGGUCGUGGAAUUACAACUUUAUGGGUGUUCGUCAUGACGCUAACAUGAAGUAUGAAUUACAGCUAGCAAACCCCAAGGAAUUCUACCAUGAAAUACAUCGUCCAUCUCAUUUCCUUAACUUUAGUUCAAUGGAGGAGUCAGAAUUGAUCGGGGCUGAUAGAGAAGACAUGUUUAAUUAGAUGUACAAUUGUUUAACAAGGACCAUCAUAUUAAAUAGAUUGGUGCAGACAGACAUUAAUGAUCUUAAAGACAUGAGUCUAAAUAAACUUGCUGAGGUUUUUUUUUUUAGGAAAUCUGGACUGCCGAGAGUAAUGUGAAAAAAAAUAACUUGAUAAUUUUUAGUGCUUUUGAAAAAUAAGAUAUCAGUUGUAAAGUAUGAUAAAGAAGAAACAAGUGUGAAUAGUAAUGAUUUAUUUUUUAAUGUAUUUAAUGAUAUUUGAUGAUGAAUAUUGAUAGAAAUACAAAAUGUAAAUAUUUUAUUUAAAUGAGUUAACUGUGUAUAACUGUAAACGUUAAAAUGUACACAAGACCUUCUGAUGAUUUUUUUUUUACAGACUAUUUCCUAAAACUGAAUUUUAUUUUUGCAAUGAAAACUUUUACGUCUAUAGUCUAUCAGUUUUCCACGGCAGAUUUUCUGGUUCAAUGAUUUUUUUUACUUUAUUUAAAGUGAAAAAAGUCUUUUUGAAUGUUGCACUGUUGCCUAAACAUGUUAUCUCUAUAUUGAAUCUGUUUGAUGCUGUAGAAUAACAACAAUGUCAAAAUAUGUAUUCUUUUUAAGUAGAUUAUAAAUCAAAAUAAUGAUUAAAAAAUAGUGGAAAAUAUGAAAGAAAAAAAUUGGUAGGAAAACAUUGCCUAUAUUUUUCAUUGGAAAUGUAUGAAAAUGUAUAAAGAUUAUUUGAAAGUAUUUUGUUGAACAAUUUUUGUAUUAAAUACAUGAAGUGUUAAUAAAAUAGAUGGAUUAAUUGUCUACGGAAAAGGUGUAAAAGUUAUUAAGUUUUAAAUGACAAAAUGACCUGUGUAAAAAAAACGUCUUUCUUUUUUCUUUUUAUACCUUAAUAUGAAAUAUAAGGGGGAAUUUUUAUCUCCAUAAUUAUUUGCAUAAUUUCAUUUUAAAUGUUGGCAUUUACAUAAAUCUAUCAAAGUUUUCUAGACUUUGUAAUGACAUUACAUUUCCUGAUUUAAAUCAUUUAAAACUACUGUCUUUAAACCCUUAACCUUUUAAAAAUAUAACAGAAAUAAUCAUUAACUAUGUUAUAAAUUAGCAAAGGGUUAUAAUUAAAACAGCCCUAAAUUUUUUCAAUCUGUUGAAAUGAAGGCAUUUUUCAAAAUGAUUGUAAAUUUAUGAAAUUCAUGAAGAACAUAUAUUUAUACUUUUGAAAGGAAUAAUGUGUAUUAAUGAGAUCAGUGUUAUCAUACUUGAUUUUACUGGUCUACAUGAAUCUUUUAUUAUAAUUCAUUAACAUCUUGUCAUUCAUAUAGAUUGUCAUAUUUGGAUUUAUAAGUCCUUAUCGUAUCAUGUUUUUGAAAUGGAUAUUUUCUGUAUGUUCAAUGUAUAAAGAAUAAAAUUCUGUUUCACUUA